AUGUUUGUGUUCGACCAGGAGAACUUCCAGGGUCGCAUGGUUGAGAUCAGCAAUGAGUGCAUGAACGUGUGUGAGAUGGGCAUGGACCGCGUCCGCUCCCUCCGCGUUGAGUGUGGACCGUAAGUCAACCUCUCCAGUUUUUUUAACUAUGUUGUAUAUUAGUUGCUAUUAAUGGCCUGCUAUCCCUGUAGCUUUGUGUGAUAAUAGUAGACGUAGCAGUAUAUACAUACAAAAAAUAAUCAUAAUAAGAUAUGUCAACACAGCUGUAUAAUAAGGUAACACUGUCUUUCUAUCCUGUAUAGAUUUGUGGGCUUCGAACAGAUGAACUUCUGUGGUGAGCACUACAUCCUGGAGAAGGGAGAAUUCCCCCGUUGGGACUCUUGGAGUAACUGCCAGAAGAACGACUACCUGCUGUCCUUCAGGCCCGUCCGCAUGGUGGGUGCACUCCUCUCGCCUUUCACCAUCUCAUCUGUCAAUUCUGUUCUCUCAUGUUUCUCUCUUAUACACAUCCUCUCUCUUUGUGACUUGCUACCCCCUGACCUCUCACUCCAUCUCUCUUUACUCUCUCUCCAUUUUUGUCUCUCUCCUGUACAUUUCUCUCCUUCUGAACACCUCCCUCAUUCUCACACAUCUCCGUUCCCCUCUCUCCCAGGACCCCGAGAAGCACAAGAUCUGCUUGUACGAGGUUGGGGAAUUCAAGGGCCGUAAAAUGGAGAUCAUGGACGAUGACGUUCCUUCUCUGUUUUCAUAUGGCUUCACCGACAGGGUCGGCAGCAUCAUGGUCAGCUGCGGAACGUAAGUGUUGCUAUGGAGAUGGCAAAAGCAAUCGACAGAGUUUAAACUCACAACUAAGAACACAUAGAGCUAGAAUGAAAAGAUUGUAGGAGAGCUGUUAUUUUAGUGACCUACGUAGGGACUUGCCGAGUGACAUAAUUUGUUAUUCUCCUUUUUCCCCUCAGCUGGGUGGGCUACCAGUUCCCCGGAUACCGUGGCUCCCAGUACCUGCUGGAGAAGGGCGACUUCAAACACUUCAACGAAUUCGGCGCCCGUCACCCCCAGUUUCAGUCCGUGAGGCGUAUCCGCGACAUGCAGUGGCACCAGCAGGGAUGCUACACCAUGGCCAGCAAGUGA